AUGGGCUUCAGCGACACCCCCCCACCCAGCGUCCCCCCCUGGGUCGUGCCCGCAUCAACCGCCCUCCUAGGCCUAGGCGUCCUCCUCUGGGACGCGACCUACAUCCUCAUGACCAUCCGCAGCAUCCGCACCCGCUCCUACGCCAUGCCGCUCCUGGCCCUCGCCCUCAACGUCUCGUGGGAGAUCAUCUACGCCUCCGCCGUGGCAGAGGACCCGCUGGAGCGCGCCGGCUUUGCCGUUUGGCUGCUCCUCGACAUCGGGCUUGUGUACACGACCGUCGCGGCCGCGCCGACGGAGUGGGCCGGCAGUCCGUGGGUCGCGCGUCGCAUGGGCUGGAUCCUGGCUGGGCUGGUGGCGGUCGGGUGCGUUGGGAAUGCGGCGUUUGCGGCGUGGUGGCUGGGGCGGCCGGGGGUGGGGUAUGGUGAUAAGGCUGGGAAGUGGUACCGCGGCCAGGAGGGGUUUGAUACGACCGAGUUGGCCUUCUGGUCGGCUGCUCUGGCGCAGGUUGUGGGUAGUGCUGGGUCGUUGGCUAUGUUGCUUGUUCGGGGGCACUCGGGGGGGACGAGCUAUUGGAUUUGGUUCUGUAGGACGAUGGGCACAAUCUGUGGCAUGAUCCUUUGCAAUGGUCUGCUCUGGUAUUACUGGCCUGCUGCGCAUGGGUAUUUCCUCAACCCGUUUGGGAUCUUCCUCUGCGGGACGGCCCUCGUCUGCGACGCCAUCUACCCGUUUCUGCUCUACCAAGUUCGGAAGACGGAGAUUAUCCUGCCUGACGGUCGCUGUGUUGCCGGACCUGACCGUGGACCGUCCGCUAAAGUCGUGGUGGAGAAGAAGAAGUUGUAA